AUGUCAGCGUCAGAUAUCAAGGAGAAGAACGGCUCUCAGGCCUCCAUCAAGGAAGAUGUCGAGCGACAUCAGACUAGCUAUGAGGGCGACGAGAGUGCUCGCGUCGGCGACUUGAAACGCCAGUUGAAGAAUAGACAUAUUGCCAUGAUCAGUAUUGGAGGUGUAAUUGGUACUGGACUGUUUUUGGGGACGGCAGGUGCCUUGCGCAAAGGUGGUCCUAUUGGUCUCUUGCUCGGAUACAGUAUUGUUGGUUCCAUCUGCUACUCUGUCAUGAUCUCGCUUGGAGAGAUGAUUGCCUACCUUCCCAUCGCAGGUGGUCACAUUUCGCUUGCUGCGCGUUUCGUUAACCCAGCCUUUUCUUUCACCAUGGGGUGGAACUAUUACUACAAUUGGAUCAUUGUCCUUCCCGCCGAACUUUCCGCUGCGGCUGUGCUGAUCAAUUACUGGAACAAGACGGUCAAUAAUGCCGCCUGGAUCACCAUGUGUCUUGUUGUCGUUGUGGCCAUCAACGCUCUCGGCGCAGGAGCCUAUGGUGAAGCCGAAUUCUGGUUCGCGAGCAUCAAGGUCAUUACCAUUACGGGCUUAAUUAUCCUGGGCAUUAUCCUCGAUCUUGGAGGUGGACCAAACCACGACCGUAUCGGUUUCCGCUAUUGGAUCAACCCUGGACCAUUUGUUCAGCGCUAUGGCAUCCCCGGCGAUACUGGCAAGUUCCUUGGCUUCUGGUCGGUCAUGACACAAGCCGCAUUCAGUUACAUCGGUACCGAGAUUGUCGCCAUUGCAGCUGGUGAAGCCAAGAACCCGCGUCGUAACAUCCCCCGCGCCAUUCGCCGAGUGUACAUCCGUAUCCUCCUCUUCUACAUUGUCGGCACGACCAUCAUUGGUCUCCUCGUCCCCUCCAACCACCCUUCGCUCAACUUGACCGACCACAAUGCCGCAGCAAGUCCAUUUGUCAUUGCUAUCCAGACGGCUGGCAUCAAGGGUCUGCCCUCGCUCAUCAACGCUUGCUUGCUCACCAGCGCAUGGUCGGCUGCUAGCAGUGAUUUGUACACCAGUUCUCGUGCACUUUACGGUCUUGCACUCUCCGGACAAGCCCCCCGAGUCUUUACGAAGACCUCGAAGAACGGCUUGCCCUGGGUCGCGAUCGUUUUCUCUUCACUGUUCUCCUUUUUAGCAUUCAUGGGCAUCAACGAGAGUGCCGGCACAGUUUUUGGAUGGUUCGCCAACAUGACCGCCAUUGCAGGUUUGAUGACCUGGUUCGGUAUUUGCUUCACCUAUGUACGCUUCUACAAAGGCUGCCGCGCGCAGGGAAUCGACAGGAGCAAACUCCCCUACGCCUCGAAGCUCAACCCCUACGCGUCCUACUACGCCAUGGGCAAGUGGGAUACGGCCACGUUUGUGACCAACUACCUUCCCUUCAUCCUCUUCCCUAUCCUCUACAUCAUCGCCCGAUUCGUCACCAAAAUUCCAUUGGUCAAGCCAGCUGAUAUGGACUUUAAGACGGGUCUUGCCGAGAUUGAGGCCAACAGCUACGACGAGCCACCGCCGAAGAACUUGAUGGAGAAGAUCUGGAACAAGAUCAUGUAA